AUGGCUGCACCACAACCCCUCAUCCAGAACGCAUUCCAGGCCGCCAUGCAUGAAUUCAAAACUAAUCUCAACACCGAUGAGCUCUACACCAAGCUGCUUGCAGUCUCCUCCAUCGACGAGGUCUACGACCUGACCGAUAAACUUCAAGCAGAUCAGGGCAGAAAAGGGCGCCUCCGUCAUCUAGCCAAGAUCGAGCCUUUCCUUAACCGUCUCCGGGAAUAUACUGGCACCAUUGAUACUUUUGUGCAGGCAUAUCCGGAAAUCAUGGGAUUGAUAUGGGGUCCGAUUAAGCUGCUGCUGCAGUGGAGUAGUGCGCUGACGCAGUCGUUUGACGCCAUUGUGAACACGACAGCGGAUAUCGGAUUGUUGUUGCCGGAGUUUCAGGAAGUGGUCGUUUUAUUCUCGGACAAUAAUAGGAUCUAUGAUGUUCUGGUUUUGUUUUUCAAGGAUAUCCUAGACUUUUAUCUAAUUGGUUUGAAAUUUUUCACGAUGCCGCGCUGGAAAUACUUUUUUGAGGCCUUGUGGCCGCGGAAGAAGGAGCACAUUAGUCUGGUGAAGACGCACAUUGAACGGCACGCUCUGCUGAUGCGGAACGAAGUGAGGCUGGAGCAUAUCCGAGAGGAGCAUGAUACUCGCUUGAAAGCCUUUGAACAUUUCAAGAAUGCCGAAAAAUCUCACCGAUUGCAGCAGUUUUACGCUAUCAAAGCGGACAUGAGUCCGAGGAUGUAUGAUGAUAAGCUCAACUGGUACCAUAGCCGAGUCUGUGAAGGUACAAUAACUUGGUUGUUUCGAGAUGAUGUAAUAAAGGAUUGGUUCGAUGUCAGUAAUGGCACUUCAAAGGUCGUCUGGCUUCAAGGAAUUCCAGGUGCAGGAAAGACAUUUCUUGCUGGUGCCAUGGUGGACAAGGCGCAUGCUAUCGGUCAUACUGCCUUCGUCUUCCUCAGUCAUGCUUUCAGCAGCACGACAUCGGCCCUAGGUGUUCUGCACUCGCUUCUGUUUCAACUGGCCUCGCAGCACGAAGAUCUCCAAGAUGUACUCUGUCACUUAACCAAUGAACAAAUCAAAAGCAAUAUUACCGUGGCGGUGGAUACACUCAAGACGGUUCUGGAGUGUGCCGGGCCGGCCUUUCUAAUCAUUGAUGGUUUGGACGAGAUCGAGGAGAUCGAGCGCGGAGUGCUCUUGAAGCAACUUCUGCGUCUGUCUCACGAAUGCCAUGAGACCCGUAUAUUUGUCAGCAGUAGACGGGAGGAGGACAUCACGGCAAUUCUGGAGGCCAGAUCAGAAAUGAUCCGGGUUGAUGGGAGAAAUGAGGAAAGCAUCCAAGUCUUUGUCGACUAUCAGCUGAAGCAGAUUUUCCAAAGUAGCAGGUUUCCUCCUCAGAUUCAGGAUGAAAUACAGCGCUCUUUGGCACCGCUUGCAUCCAAAGCCAAAGACGAUGUGGCCGAAAUUUGCGAAGAUUUGAGCGUUCUGCCAGAAGAUCUGGAUGAUGCUUAUUCCCGAGUGCUUGUACGAAUCAACAAACUGCGACCACCAUCAGCCCGCGACAAGGCCAGAAGAAUACUGGCCUGGGUGGGUUGCUCGCCGACACCGCUAACCGUCCAGGAGAUCGAGCAAGCACUGAUGAUAAAACCUGGAAGCCUUGAAUUGGAGAGGAAAGUGAUCGCCAGCCCAAACCUUAACCGACUCUGCGGACCCAUUAUCGAAAUAAUUGAUGGAUAUAUUCAGUUUGUACACUUCACAGUCAAAGAGUAUGUAUCGUGA